AUGACGCUCUUCAACCCGACAACCGUGCUCGUCGGCUUCCUCCUCCUCUACCUCGCUUCCUUCCUCAUCUUCGCCAUCGUCCGUAUCGCAACCGGGAUCUCGAUCCAGCGGAUCGGUUAUUUUUCGCUGCGCCGCAUUGCGUACGUUCCCGCAGAUGGGGUCCAGAUCGAACUCCGCGGACUCGGACUAUCGCUGCAUCCGCCCUCCUUCGCCCAACCGACAUGGCUGAGUCUGCGACUCACGGAUCUGAAAAUCACGCUGGAUCCUUCGGCGUCAGGGAAAAGGAACAAUGCCGCGAAUAAAUCGUACACCGACGAGUCUCAAAGUCAGUCCGAGGAGGAACCGCUCAACCCGCAACAUGGGAAAGGCGACGCCGCAUCCGCGCGGAAAAACAAAACCUGGGUAGCGCUCAAUCGUGUCAAGGAUCGGGUAAAGCGGAUACACCGGAAGGUUCACUGGUUGAGGUUGGUGGAUAUUGUCGCCGUCAAUACUUCGAUCAAUUUUCUCGAAGCUGGGCAGAUUCAGAUCGGGACGUUGUCAUUGGCGGUAGACACGAGACGGAAGAUGGUGGACCGGGGGAAGGUCUUUCGUCGGAAGAAGGGCGAGUCUGGUGAGCAAUGGCCCGCGGAAUGGAUUUUGAAUGUGCACAAUGUCCAGGUUGCUGUUGAUGGAAACGAGCCAGUCGAGAUUUUGGAUAAUGUUGGGGUAAACAUUCAUGGGAUCUUGCAUAAAGGCCUUGAUGGCCUGCGGGAUGCGUCGGUGGCUUUCAAAAUCGGGAGGAUGCAUAUACCCUACGAUGAUUUGACGCUCCUAAUGGAACGGAUCAAGCGUUCCAGAAAACUUCCCGUGCAGGUCGACGCUACCGAGCCGGACGAGGAGGUCUCCUUUGCCGACUACGUGGAAGAACUCGAGAAACCCGGUAGCACAGACGAGACAAUUGUUGAAACUGUCACUGCCUCAAAGGAGUUUGCGGGAUCGCUUUUGCGUGGAAUCCAAGAGAUUCAGGUAGCAUUAAGCUUCUUCAGACUCUCUCGUGCCGUCCAGUCACCGUCUCCCGGUCAAAGCUCUGUUUAUCUUAAUGUCGUCUCGCAUGAAAUCGGCAUUGAUCUCCACCGGAUGGACCAGACGAGCCCAGCGCAUCGGAUGUACUUCCAACGAACAGACAUUGCCCAUCAAGCACUUCUUGCCGCUAUCUCCCUUUCUGUAAGUCUGGAUGAUAGCUCUGGUGAAACUGAUAAUAUCCUGUAUAUUCCAAUGGCGACCACGACUAUCAAAACAACUCUGCCAUCCAAGACAAUUAGUUCCUACAACGGUUUCAAUGCGGAGGAGCGGAACACCAAUAUCCUGUUCGCGAAUUUGGUGGUUACCUCCCCUGCUCUUGACUUGGAGCCCCGGCAUGUAUCGCGCCUCUUAGGUCUGGCUCAAAACAAGGCAACGAAUUCUCGAGGGAAGAAGAGAGCCAGAGGCCAGUUGAUAUCGCGUUUACUCCCCAAGGCAAACAUCAAACUUUCGAUUCAUGAGCCUGUGAUUCGAUUUGUUCUCCCCAUUCCGGAUUCUCCGGCCGGUGAGGACGACUACAACCUUCUCAUUUCAUCGAUCUCAUCCAUAUCCGUUGAUGUUGAAUCCUCCCAUUCCUCCGAGGGCGGUGCCCACUACUCGCUGUCCUCUAUUUAUCGUGUUGCCUCUCACAAAUUCUACUACCAAACACCGUCUGGAACCAAACAUAAUCUUCUGACAACCGAUAACAUGGAGCUGAAAGUCCUCCUUAGCGCAUCCCCGGAGGUAUGCGUCAUGGUUUCUGGCAGCUUGAACACUUUCUCUGCACACAUGGUUAACAAUGAGGUUAAUCGUGGGAUCCAACAAGUCGUGGAACAGUUCCGUGCUCAUAUCCGGCCCAAGAAGAGGUAUGGCCUGCCAGGCGAAGAUCGGAAGCCUAGUGUCCUGAGACGUCUCCCACCUUGGCUACUCAGGUUUCAAUUUGAGGCUACCGGAUUCAGUUUGGAGAUUGCAGGUAUUGACGAGAGUGUAUCGAAAGCGACGCGGGGCGUCUCUCUCCAACUUGAGUCCUGGACAGCCGACUACCGAGCUCAGAAAACAGAACCUACAACCGUGAGUGUCGUGCGAAGACGAACUCCCAGCCACUCCACAAUUGGCGACGAGUCGCCGUUCAGGUUCAAUCCAACAUCCCCUCCCAAGCAAACUCGAGCGAGGGUAGCCGAUGGCAGGCGAUUAGCUUUCCAUGCUCGCGGGUUUGAGGGCUUUGUCAUCGAAUCAGAAGACUAUCUUGAGUCUGAGCCAUUCCUCUCGCUUCCAAGAUUCGAGGUAGCCCUCAGCACUUCUAGUGACCGCCUGGGACCAAUCUUCCACAUAAACUCCCUCGUCAAAGGCGUUUACCUCCAAUACUCGCUCUACCGCUACUAUUGUCUCAGCGUUGCCUUGUUUGUACUCCAGAAGGCUUUCUUGCAACACUCGCAACGGCAGCCAUCGUCCCCGAAGAAUACGCACGAUAUGUCGCCUCCUCUAUCCCCUCGGGCUAUGCAUAGGAGUGAGCUUAUCACCGUAGAUGUCAAAGCCACCGUUCUGCAAGUUAAGACCUUUAUGCCGGCGGACCCGCCGAUGCUGUUACAGAUCUAUGGUCUCACCGCUGGCUACCAUCGACAUUCCGCUCCAUUCCUUCGAGCCCAUCUUGUCCGAUUACAUGCCGAAGCACCCAAGCUCAAAGGCGUCUGGGCACGGAUUGUCAGCAUGAACAACUUCCGUCUCGACUUGCGAAAAAUGCGACUAAAACAAGGUAAAUCUUUGGUUGAGGAUAAAUCGAUUGAUAUUUGGACGGAUUUUGUACGGAUAGGUGUACCUCACCAUAUGAUUAUGCACCGUGUUUUCGACAAUGUGAUCAACACCUCCAAGGCGUUGAAGCAAUUGCAUCACCGCCUGAAGAAUCAUACUACAGAGUUCGUGUCUGCAAGGGACCCAGAAGGGCCGAAAAAAGUUCCUAAGAUCUCGUUCCGCAGCAAAGCAUUGCUUUUUGAGUUGGAAGAUGAUGCUUUUGAGUGGAAGCUUGGUUGCAUAUACCGGACCGGUCUUAUUGAACAGCGUCAACGUCGAGCUAGAGAGGACGCGUACGAACUGAAGCUCCAGAAGCUCAAGGAGUCCGACCAAAAGCGAGGCUCUUCGAGGUUGCGUACGCGAUCCAGUCACCGAACGCUACGCAGUGAGCGGGUCAGUUCGGACUCGCGCCGGAGCAAGAGCGCGGACCCCAAACCACGAAACGAGAUACCAGAGGAGAAAGAGGAAAAGCGCGGGCGUGCACAGAAAUUCCGCUACGAUACGGAAGGUGUAUCCUCUUUUACCAACGAGGCCAAGGUGUCUGCCGAAAGCGCUUGGUAUCGCCUCCAGCACUACAAUGCCCGCAGUUGGAAAGCCAAGAUCGACGCUGCUUUGCAGUUCCAAGGUUCAUCUAUCAAGGAGGUUCGAAACCUCUUUGAAGGAGCCGACGAGGCCCCAGAGGACGUGGAGGAAACCGAGACCGUGCUCGCCAUACCCAACAGGCCUGCCCUCAUGGCGGCUUUAAUAAGCGAUGUCAAUCUGACCAUCGAUAAGCCUACUUUUCCUUCUGAGAACUAUCCUCUUUUCCUUCACAGUAUUGGCAAAGGCAUACCCAUGUCUACAAAGUAUGCGCUCCUGAUCCCGAUGAGCAUUCAGUUGGACAUGGGCGAGGCUCGUGUCAAUCUGAGAGACUACCCCUUGGACCUGUUACACAUACCAGGAUUGCGGCCUGGACAGUCGCCUAGGCUCCCUAGCUGGUCACUUCGCACGAACUUUGUGAUUGCUGAGGAGUAUCGCGAUUACAAGUCAUCGAGAAAAGUCAACGUAGAGCUCGUCCCGGCAUCUGAACUUUCUGACGGGACAACAUGCCCGCCCUUCUUGCUUGACAUUUGGCGGUCGGUCAGCCCUGUGAAGACUUACUCGGAUCCGGUUAUUGAGAUCAACACGAAUCUGCCCACCAGUAUAUCUUGGGGCAUGUCCUACCAGCCUGUUAUUCAAGAUAUGAUGAAGAUCAUCGAAGGGUUCACCAAGGUCGAGAUCGACCCGUCCGAAAGGGUGGGAUUCUGGGACAAAAUCAGACUCAGCUUCCAUUCGCGCAUCCGUGUCAAGUGGAAAGGAGAUGGCGACGUUCAUCUUCGCCUGAAAGGCUCUCGUGAUCCCUACGUUGUUACUGGGUUUGGCUGCGGGUUUGUUAUGUGUUUCCGCAAGGAUGUCCAGUGGAACAUCCAUACAAGUGAUGACCCGAAGGAAUUCAUGAGCGUAACUAGUGGAGAGUAUGUCCUGGCAAUACCGGACUACAGCCACGAAGCCAGGUACUUGGCUGAGGCGACAGCCGACGACCUUGAAACGGUCUCAAUGUCCAGUGACCUCAAGAACGCCGCUCAUUUCAAGAAGGUUGUCAUGAAGCUAUCGGGCGACGUGAAAUGGGCUGCUGGCUUGGUGUUCGAACGCAAUGUCAAUGAGAAUGAGCGAUCAACGGAGUUUCGGCCUCACUACGAUGUUAUUCUCCAGAACCCCAACUAUAUCGACCCCUCGCAGCGCGAGGAAUACGAUGCGUAUCGCGGCUUCCGGAGUAACCACAUCCAUCUCUCCGUCGCCAUCAUUGCCCCCAAUAGCAAGAAUUGGAGUGCGGACUUCGAGCAGCCAACUACGAGCUACAACACCGUCCAUCUCACUCCGCGGUUCUUCACUCAUUUCUACAGCUGGUGGUCGCUUUUCUCGGGUGUUAUGUCAUUGCCCGUGCGCCAGGGACGCCUGUGGCCUGGAAUCACGAAGACCAACAAGAAAUUCAAUCGUCACUUGGCUACUAUCAAGUAUAAAUUGCUGCUCGCUCCUCUCUUUGUCGCCCAUAUCUACAAGCACAAGGAUCCUGAAGAUUAUGCCGAUGACGUCGUUACCGCUACGGGCAUAAAGGUCCGACUGGACAGCUUGAAGCUAGAUGUUCAUCAGAGGCGAGAACAAAUUAAGACGCCUUCUAAAGGUCGGCUCAAGCAGCCGCAGGCAAGUGCGAUACGGAUUUACAGAGCAGAGCUGGACUUGCAGGCGGCAGACUUUAGAGCUGUCUCGGCUAGUAUCGAAGGAACAGGCGCCGAUGAUCUUGAAAAGAAGAGGGAUGACAUUAUAUCUUCCUUCCAGCAGCCGGUUCCUCCGGCCGAUCUCUCACGCUUUACAAUCCCCGAUCACAACCUUGACUGGGUUGAUAUGGACGAUUUUGUCGAACUCGACUGGAUACUCCCACAGGAAUCCAAUCCUCGGACCAAGAUUCUGCCCUUAGCAUUUACCCCACGAUUCACUUACUUCAGGCAAACCGACCAGGAGGAGGUUUCUCCCGGACAGCCAGGGUAUAGUAGCUUCGGGCAUGAGGAUACUCAUGAAUGUGUCAUGUCAGAUAGGAAUCAGCCCCGCCAGGUGCAGUUAGGGCUCAUUCGGGACCGUCUUACUACUAUCGAGUCCAAGAUACAGGACUGUACCCGAGCGAUUGGUGACCUCGAGUUACAGAUGGCAAAGGAUGUUGACCAAAACGAGGACUUGAGAGUUCAACAUAGAGAAUAUCUUCGGCAGGCAUCGUCACUUGCCCGAAGACGCGCUUUCUUGAUAGCAGGGCUCCAUCGUUUGGAGAAGCAACUCUUCCGAAGCAAGAGCACCGAUACCUACCACAGCGAAAGCACUCGGAUUGAUGCAGACUCGGACUCGCAAAGCGACAGCAAAGAAGCCGAUUUCGAUGGACUCUACUCUUCUCCGCAUGACGACUUGAACAGCGACUUCAACAACCGGUUCAUGAUUCACAGUGUCCAGUUAAAGUGGAACAACUCACUGAGGAAUAUCAUCCUCCGAUAUAUCCACCAAGUCAGCCAAAGGCGUGGGUUUGUGUACUACAUGUCUCGUCGAGCUGUCAAGUUCAUCCUCGACAUUGUUGAAGAGCAGAGCAAGAACCAAGCGAACUACUCCAAAAUGUUCAGAGGCUCGUCAAGACGACCUUCUGAGGUCCGCGAUGACGACGACAGUGUCGAAGACCGCAUUGAGCAGCUUCUCCAUGAUGCGAAACGCUUUGUCAGCGCGGAAGACCAAGACCCCCCUGAACAGAAGGAUCCGCCGACUUUCAGGUCUGAUUCAACCGACAGCAUAUCGCCUGAAUUCACUGCGCAGAACAGUUACCAUUUGCGGCUUAUUGCGCCUCAGAUCCAACUUCAGAGCGAGAAGAACCACAAGUCAGUGAUUCUUGUCGCGGCCAAGGGCAUGCAGCUGCAGGUCGUCUCCAUUAUGGACAAACAACGGGUCUACGACGACGUCAGCGGCCUCGUUCAACGCCGGUUCACCCUCAACAUGGACGGCGCUCAAUUCUUCGUCGCGACGCAAAAGAACCUGAUGACGCAUCUGCAGUUCUACGCCGGCAACAAGUACGGCAAUGCGCCGGGUUCUGCUUGGCCGCCGUGGCUGACGCUUGAGGCUAUGUUUGAUUUUGAACUUAAUCCGUUCGGCUUCUCGAGGAUUAUCCAGAAGACUUCUGCCAGCUUGCGGUAUGACAAGUACAACAACCUUCGUCUGAAGUACAAUGAUGAAGUAGCCAAGGGGCAGCCGGCAGAGGGAAGUCAUCCAGACGGACCAGAAACCCGAAUGGAUAGUAUCAGCGUCGACUUCCCUCAAUUUCGUGCUAUUUGUGACUCUGCGGAGUAUUACACGCUGUACAUCAUUGUUCUCGAUCUGCUGCUUUACAGUGAACCACUUGAGAAGGUUCGGAAUGAGCGUCUUGAACGCAUCAUGCUUACUUCCGACUUUAGUGAUCUAAGGGGCGCGCCAGAGAUGGUCUACAAGCUGCAGUCACGCAUUCGACAACUGGAGGAGAUCAAAGAUCAUUUCCAGAUCCAUGCGAAAUAUCUUGAUAAGCGCGGCUGGGAAGAUCGGUUGAUCCUAGAGAAAGACAUUGCCCGGUGCGAGGAUGAACUAUUCUUCUUGAUGAAGGCAAUCACGACAUCGCAGAGGAAGGUUGAGCCGACCAUGACCGGAGCUACUGGUCUCCUGCGCUGGAAUAUCUCCGCCAGUGAGAUCGUUUGGCACUUGAUGAAGGACGAGUCAGAGCCCUUGGUCGAAUUCCAGCUAAGGAAUGCUGAAUACGACCGCACCGAUAAUACCGAUGGCUCGAACCACAACCAAGUAUCUGUUGAACGACUUUACGGCCUGAACCUCUUACCGGAUGCAGUAUACCCGCAGAUCAUCGUGCCUUAUCUUGACCAAGCACGACGUCUCGAGGGCCCCGACGACAGUAUGAUUAAGAUCAAAUGGCAUAUGCUGGAGGCCGUUGCUGGAAUUCCUGUUGUCGAUGACUUCGAAGUGUCACUGUUCCCGCUGAAGAUUCAAUUGGAGCAUGAGCUUGGGCAAAGGGUUUUUGAGUACAUGUUCCCGAAUGUUGGGUCGAACGCUUUCGAGAACGGUGGCUUCUCACCUUUCAUGAUCAAGAACGUCAAGCCUUUGGAGGGUUCCGAUUCCGACGAUGAGUCUGGCCAAGCCUCUACGUCCAGUCUUCAAUACCAUAGCGACGCAUCGGGAGAGGAUAUGACAAAGGGCGCUAGUCAGCUCGAGCUCAGGCUCCAGCCCACAUUGUCGUUGGCUGAAAAGCCGCGGAAUGAACGCCGACCUACGCAUCUCAAGGCCCUCGCCAUGACUCCGAUCCACAAGGACGGCAGCCGGCAGCAAGCACGGCCUUCCAGCGCACUAGUCAAGAAGAAGUCAGCCGACAGUCUCCGAGUCCUUUCACGGCAAGCCACUUCAUUCUCGACCACUAGCGUCAACGACGAUAAGGGCAAGAAAUUCGGCUUGGGUAUCAUGGGCGGCAAGAGCAAGGGCAAAAAGGGCGUGGAUGACUUUGCCCAGAUGAUGGCCCGCGCCUCCAACUACAUGACUCUCGCCCAUGUCAGGGUUCAUGACGUGGUUCUUUGCGUCAGCUACAAAGGCAAAGCAGAGCACAACAUCGAGGAUCUGCACGAUUUCGUCUUCCGACUACCCAUCCUCGAAUACCGAAACAAGACAUGGUCGAAUUUGGAUCUAGCGCUACGACUCAAGAAAGAUGUCAUCAAGGCCCUCAUCUCCCACGCACCUGCCAUUCUGGGCAACAAGUUCUCCCACCACCGGCCGUCGAAACAGCAGCUGAAGCGCUACCGCGAACUUGCAUCAUCGUCUCAGGUCCUGAACAACCAAGACACCGCCCCGCCCCCGGAGAACGGUACGAGCCCUAGCAUGGUCAGCGCAGAUUCGAGCAGCGGGUACAUUUCGGAAUCUCAGUCUCAUCGCUCGUCUCCUCUUGCGCGGUCGAAUUCGCUGGGUUCGAGUAUUUACGGCGGCAAGGAUCAGAGUGGGUUGUUUGACUCGCGCUCUGCGAGUGAAGUUGAUGUGGACGCUCGUUGGGAGCAAUCUCGUCGACUCGUCAACCCCCCUUCGCGACCCUUGACCUCCGGCAGUGCGAUGACGCGCUCUGACACAGCUCGCAAGAUAGACUGGUCGGAAGAUAGCUCGAAAUCAACGAUCCGCAACCUCGGCCGCAAACUCCUCCCUGGUCGGAAGUAA